AUGCUGUCAUUACUGUAUGUCACUACCUUGUUGGCAGUCCCUGCUCUUGCGUCCUUCGGUUCGAACCUGAACUACCGCUCUCCGUCGCUGCACCAUCCUGGCCUGGGCAUUUCUGUUCGAAAGGUGGUCAAGCGCAACGACCCAACCUCCUCCUUCAAUGCAUCUCAGCUGAACUUCACCCAUGGCGUUGCUUCUGGCGACCCAUAUCCGAACUCAGUCAUCCUCUGGACUCGAGCUUCCCCAAUGUUUGACGACGUAGAUGACAACUCUACCGUCUCCGGGCUGGUAGCCUUUUACAAUCCAGUACCAAUCUACAAUGACACAGACCAGCACCGACCUCCUUCUAAUGCUCCAGUCUGUCUGAAUUGGGCCGUUGCAACUGACGCCAAUCUCACGCAGAUCGUUACCCAGGGUACGGUCUACACAAGUUCCGAUGUUGACUAUACUGUAAAGGUCGAGGCCACCGGGCUGCAACCAUUCACACGCUACUAUUACCAGUUCACCGUAUGCAACUCGCAUGUGAAGAGCAUUGUUGGGAGAACCAAGACCACACCGAAUCCGACCGACGAUACUAGCAACGUUGGCAUUGCAGUCUACUCUUGCAGCAACUUUCCUUUUGGUUUCUUCAAUGCUUACGGCAAUCCAGUACGAAAGGAUUCUGUGGACUAUGUCAUACAUUUAGGCGACUACAUCUACGAAUACGCCAAUGGAGACUAUGGUUGGGGUCAAUCCAUUGACCGUAUUCCGUUGCCAGAUCGUGAGAUCUACACUUUAUAUGACUACAGAAAGCGUCAUGCUACCUACAGAACCGACCAGGACUUGAUACUCUCUCACGCUAAUUUCCCCUGGAUUGCUGUUUGGGAUGACCAUGAGGUCGCGGACAAUACAUACCGCGAUGGUAGUUCUGAGCUCAACAACACUGAAGCUUCCUUCGUUGAGGACGGCGGGGUAUCGGUCGACCAGCGCAAAAUGAAUGCCGUGCGGGCCUACUUUGAAUGGAUGCCGAUUAGACAGGUUGAGAUGGAUGACUCGCUCCGUAUCUGGCGGUCUUUUGCAAUUGGCAAUCUUGUUGACAUGAUCAUGCUCGAUACACGCCAGUAUGACCGCUCCAUCACUGACCUCUAUUGGAACACCGACUACGUUAACGAGAUCUCUAACGACGCCGGACGAUCGAUGAUGGGACCUCGUCAGGAAUAUUGGUUCUACAACUCAUUGAUGAGCUCGGCUAAGCGUGGUGCUGCCUGGCGGCUGAUCGGCUCACAGACAGUUUUCUCCCGCCUAAACGAAAGUGAAGCAUAUGGUAACGUCGAUCCUCUCGACUACGACGCUUGGGACGGCUAUAUGGCAAACCGUAAUAGGACGCUGCAAACCCUCUACGAUAACCAGAUCGGCAACAACAUCAUGAUCUCGGGCGACAGCCACGCCAACUGGGUUUCCGAUCUCGUCUGGCUUGAAGAGCACGAGUACGAUGAGCGCACUGGCAACGGCUCUAUCGGUGUCGAGUUUGGUGGCACUGCUGUCUCCUCUCCUUCGCCACGUGGACAGAAUGUCACUAUCCACUCUGCGAAUAACCACUCCACACUCCUCGUGGAGGCCAACAGAGAACUUCAGUGGUCCGAAAUCUACUAUCGCGGUUACUUCGAGCUACACUUUAGCAAGGAAGAGGUCACUGCCAACUACUUCGGCAUGCCGACUAUCGUGACUCGCAACACAGGCGAAAUCAGCCUUGCAAACUUCAGUGUUCAGAAUGGCGCGAACCGUCUACAGCGCUUUCACAAUGGCACUGUUGUGCAGACAUCUGUCGAGAACGGCUAUGUCAGAUUCGGCUCGACCUCCCAAACAAAUCUGACCAAUGCUACCGAUACGGGCAUGUGGUAA